CCUGGUUCAACCUCAGAAUGCUACCUGGAACAGACUCGCCGUAUGAACGGUUGAACUUGCAACUUUCAUCUUCUUCCGACGCCUAUCACUAGGCCACGCCUAACCCACUCUGCUAUUUCAUUGCUAUCUACGGCUGCAUAUACUUUUCAUUUAUACUGUAGUCCGGCUGUUCGUUUGAAGACCCCAGUCCCAAGGUCAAUAUGGCCCCCUCGCGACAGAAUCAGGCGCCUCCUUACACUAAGGAUGAGAAGGUGCUGUGCUUCCAUGGCGACCUGAUGUAUGAGGCCAAGAUUAUCGAGGUCUCGGCCAAGCCUGGACAGAAACCGGAGGAUGCUCAAUAUCGCAUUCACUACAAGGGCUGGAAGGCCAGCUGGGAUGACUGGGUUUCCCAGGACCGCAUUCGCAAGUUCACCGACGACAACAAGCAGCUUGCCAAUCAGCUGCAGGCCCAAGCCCGGAUGCGAGCUUCGGGCCACAAGGGGGGAAAGAAGGGUGGCCCCAAGGCUAACGGCUCCGAGAUGAGCUCCGCCCGCGGUAGCGAAGAGCGUGUCGCCGGAGCCUCAAGCUUCGGUAGAGGGCCCAGAAGAGGCCGUGACUACGAACUUGAGAAUGAAGAAACCUUUCAUGCUAGACCCUCGAUUAAGCUGAUUGUUCCUGACGCGUUGAAGGCAAUGCUGGUCGACGACUGGGAGAAUAUUACUAAGAAUAAUCAGCUUGUUCCUCUUCCUCAUCCCCACCCCGUCACUAAGAUCCUCGACGACUACAUCGCAUAUGAGACCCCAAAGCGCCCGGCCGACACCUCUCAAGUCGACAUUCUCGAGGAGACUGUGGCGGGUCUCAAGGAGUACUUUGACAAGACACUCGGUCGUAUCCUGCUCUACCGAUUCGAACGGCCCCAGUUCGCGGAUAUACACAAGAAGUGGAUAUCUGACGACCCCGAGUUCCAGGGCAAGUCUCCGAGCGACACCUACGGGCCGGAGCACCUCAUGCGUCUCUUAGUGUCCUUGCCAGAGCUUGUCGCUCAGACCAAUAUGGACCAGCAGUCUGCGAACCGCCUGCGAGAGGAGCUAUCCAAAUUUUGCACUUGGCUGGCCAAGAACGCCGUCGACUAUUUUGUCAGCCAGUACGAGACGCCCUCUCAGGAGUACAUCCAGAAGGCUAAGGACUAGAUACAUCGCGUGUGGCGAUUUUUCAGGUUGGCCGGAUUGGCUAGGUCAAGUUCAAGGACUACCUCAACGAGUUGCCUGUCAGUCUGCGCAAGGGAUCUAGCGAGUACAUGUCACGACGGCCUCCCCAACUACGCUAUGCACCACCACUAUCACCUUUAUAUCUUAAAGCCCGUCUAGGCGUCCGUUGUCACCCUCGUGAUGGCGGAAGGGCGCCAGUCCCGUCAGCCGGAGCGGCACUGUUAGUACCUGCUGCUGCGGUAGUCGUCGUGGGCAGAGAGCGGCCUGGGACCUGCUAGCACUGCGGGGUCUAUCCGCUAUUACCCCUCUACAGCAGCGAGAGGGAAAGGUUUUUGCGUCAUCUCACCACUGUUUACCCGACGCCGGACGCAUGCAGAUAUCGUCUGUCCAGGUAUCUGGCAACAGAAUCGCCCGGCGUUGGCCCUUCUUCCGGCAACAAUAAGGUGUUAAAUAAGGGGACUUAGCGUAGACCAUUGCA